AUGAGAAGGGAAGACUACGCUGUGGGGGUUUUCUUCCUGGCCCUAAGUCUCGGAGCAGCAAACACAGUGACCCAGAAGGGUGCGCAAGUCCUCAGUAAGGCUGCCUCUACUUUGGACGAACAACAGAAGUCCUCUGCUGACAGAGCAAAGCAGUGGCUCAGCGGACUGGUGCAGCGAAGCGAAAAACAGGCAGCCAUUGCUCAGGAGAGUCUGGAGGCAAAUGUGCGCCAAUGGGCUGAGACCUACGUGCCAGGUUCUGCAGAUGUGCAGCGUCUGUGGCGCACUGCAGCAGAGGCAGCAAGGAAAAGCACCGCCCAGGCAGCUGACACUGGGAGCUGCAGUACAGAUGAGGGCGCCCAAGUUGAGCUGAGCACAUCAACAGCCAGCACUGCAGAUACAAGCGCAUCAGGGAGCACAGCAAGGAAGGAGCAUGAGAGUGCAGCUGCAGGCUCGAGGUGGCGGUCGGAAACAGAGGUCUAUGCUGCAGAGGCCCUGGCCGCAGCCAGAGCGGCUGAGGCGGCGUGGAACGAGCGCAUCCGCAAUGCAUACGCCAGCGUGGCCGCCAGCACACCCUUCCCAUCCAGCUCAGCGCAGGCAUUGUCACAGGACAACAAGCCGGUGUCACACGCUCUGAGCUAUGCAAGGGGCGGCAAGGCCACACUGGCCAGGCCGGACUUUGCGCCGCCGUCCUCAAGCAGUCAACGAUUGACAAGCAGCGGUGGUGCCGGGGGCGGGGGAACCGGGGGAUCUGGAGGGGGCGGCGGAGGGGGGGAUGAGUCGGGGGAUGAGCGGCCGCGCAGGUUCCUGUGGGGCCGCCUGCUGCUGCUGGCGAGCGCAAUCGUGGCAGCCGCCGAUCAGCUGCUGGAAGGCCACGGGAGACGUGGCAGGCUGCUGCCUGCCAUCGCACUGCUCGGUGCUCUUCUGUGGCAAGGGCAGAAAUAUCAGGGCAAGCAGCCCAGGCGGCGAACUCGCCGCAGCCUGACCGACAGCUUUUCCUUCAGCGGUGCUUCUCAGGCAAACAGGGUGGAACUGUCAGACAUGUCGUCUGAUGAGGAGGACUUCUAA